GGUCAGUGUGUUGAGAUGGCAAUGGUUUGCCUGACUGACUUUGAGGAGUACGCUAAAGAGCACCUCUCAAAGGCCACCUGGGAUUAUUAUGCAGCCGGAGCAGAUGAAUGUUGCACCAGAGAUGACAAUCUACAGGCAUACAAACGGAUUCGUCUCCGACCUCGAUUUCUACGGGAUGUGUCGCUGAGUGACAUACGGACCACCAUACAGGGGACAGAAAUUAGCUUUCCAGUUGGUAUAGCUCCUACGGCUUUUCACCGCCUGGCCUGCCAUGAUGGAGAGGUGGCCACAGCUCGUGCUGCCGAGGCAUUCAACACCUGCUACAUUACCAGCACUUACUCCACCUGCUCAGUAGAGGAGAUUGUGGCAGCUGCACCUAAUGGCUACCGCUGGUUCCAGCUGUACGUCUACCGGGACCGGAAAGUGUCUGAACAAAUCGUGCACCGUGUAGAAGCCCUUGGAUACAAGGCUCUGGUCCUAACUGUUGACGUCCCCUACACUGGAAAGCGGCGUGAUGAUAUCCGCAAUCAGUUCAAGCUUCCGCCUCACCUCAGGAAUACUGCAGGCCCAGAGGAGUAUGGGAUACCAGCUAACACCUUGGACCCUUCCAUCAGCUGGAAAGAUCUGCACUGGCUGCAGUCCAUCACACGCCUGCCAAUCAUCAUCAAGGGUAUCCUAACCAAGGAGGACGCAGAGCUGGCAGUGGAGCAUGGUGUCCAGGGUAUCAUUGUGUCCAACCACGGAGGGAGGCAGCUGGAUGGAAGCCCGGCAUCGAUUGACGCACUGUCAGAAAUCGUUGACACAGUGCAGGGCAGGGUUGAGAUCUAUCUGGAUGGAGGAAUCAGGACAGGAAAUGAUGUAUUAAAGGCCCUGGCUUUGGGAGCUAAAUGUGUGUUCAUUGGCCGGCCAGCAGUAUGGGGCCUUGCAUACAAGGGUGAGGAAGGACUGAAAGAGGUGCUACAAAUCUUAAGCGCUGAAUUCUGCCUGUCUAUGGCUUUAUCUGGUUGCAGGAAUGUCAGAGAGAUCAACAGGAAUCUUGUUCAGUUGUCUAAACUCUGAUAUUCCACCAGAGGGCAGCACGGACAAUGACAUGGUUCAGCAAUGGCUCCUAAAUCAGACCAGUAAUCCAGACAGAAAAUCAAACAGUUUCAGCUCCAGACUUUGUACAUUU